CGUGAAGUCGGUGGUACCGAUUUGGGGUCCUGAAGAAUCAGAGUUAGCUACUGCUUGGAAGCAGUCGACGGAGGAGCAUUAAGGCCAUACAAUUUAUAAGUAUAUUUAUAUAAUUUUUUACCGCACGACGAAUGGUGCACGUGCAUCAGACGCAAGUAGGUGUUACUCACUUAGUGUUAAUCUCAUCCCAAAAUAGAUUAGAAUUUCUAUAGAUGCACUCGCAGAAGAAAUUUUGAUAAAGAUUAAGAUUGUAGCUGUAGUCAAGCGUAGCUCUGUCAUCUUUUGGCUGAGUCAACUUGGUUGCAACAUCUUUUCUGUAAAUUUACUAUAAUCUUCAAGAAGAAGUAGAAGAUGUUCCACGAAACAAGGAAGUGUUUCAGGAUUUAAAUGAACUAGAAAAAUCGAUGCAAGAACCAAAGCAUGGCAUUAUAUUGGACAGCCUUUAAAAAUAUCCUUUUCCUUUCUGGCACUUAUCUCACGCAUAGCGAUCCGCUUUUAUUGAACACCCCUUCUAAGAGACGAAAAGAAGGAAGCAGCUUAGAAGGACCUUCCAAAUGAACGACGGGGCAGAACGGGCCAAUUAUGUGAAAGCGGCCUGGGGGAAGCCUGG